AUGGAUAGCAGCAGCUGGAUCCAUGGCUAUGGCGCCAACGACGGCGCCGCUGCCGGUAAUAGCGGCUUCAUGUGCGGUUACGCCGCCAGCUGCGUCGUCCCUGAAGGGCUGCAGAGCAGCACGGAGGAGCAGCGCACCCAGAUUCAGCACCACCUCAACCAGAUGAUAAUAUCGCACGUGCAGAUCAGCAUGCAGAUGAACAUGGAGGACGAGCCAGCUGCCUACAUCGUCGCUGCCGGCGACGGAGCCGCCGUGGGCAUGCAGCAGUCCGUCCUAGACGAAUUCGAUUUCCUCCCCUCGCACCACGCCGGAGGCUGCAGCUUCCCCUCAUCGUCCUCCACCUCCUCCUCGUUCCGUUCCGCCUCGCUCUCUUGCAGCCCGGAGAACUCCUCGGCGCACGCCCUCACGAUGCCCGCCGCCGGCCUGCAGUUCCCGGAGGUCUCCUCGCAUGUACCGCCGCUGGUGCUCCCAUGUGACGAUGACUACCACCAGUACGUCCUGAACUUCCACGACACGGCCGCAAUGGAGCCUGGCGUGGUGCCGGCAAGCGCGUUCAGCCGCUACGCGCGGCACCUCGGCGCGAGGCGGAGGCCGAAGCCGGCAUGCGGGCAGAAGAUGUUCAAGAAAUCCAUGUCCGUCCUGGUCAAGAUGCAAACGGCGAUGAGGUACAGCCACCAGCAGCACCACUUCCAGCAAGCGUCGGCGGAGACCGAGCUUUCGUCGGUGAACCAGCUGCAGCACAUGAUCUCCGAGCGCAAGCGCCGGGAGAAGCUCAACGACAGCUUCCAGGCUCUCAAGACCGUCCUUCCUCCCGGCUCCAAGAAGGACAAGACGUCGAUACUGAUCACCGCCAGGGAGUACGUGAACUCCCUCAAGUCCAAGGUCUGCGACCUCGAGGAGAAGAACAAGGCGCUCCAGGCGCAGCUGGCCGAGUGUGCCCGCGCCGCCGGCCGGGUCGAAGAAGACGACGCCGAGAAGGUCGAAAUCCAAAUAACCAGAGGGGCGGCGGAUCGGGAAGAUGGGACGACUACGAGUGAGGUUUGCACGGUGAAGAUAGCGGCGAGGCCUGCGCAUGGCAACACGAUGGACGUGGUGCUCAGGACGCUGCAGUGCCUCAAUGACCAGAUGGGGGAAGGCGACGUCAGCCUGGUGGCCAUGAGCACCAGCGAUGGCGACGGCGGCAACGGCCUCACCGGAGCAUUCCUGACGAUGCAGCUCAAAUCAGCGUCCGGCGCCAAGUGGGAGGAGGAGGUGGUCAGGGAAGCCGUGGCGAAGGCCGUCGCGGCCCGCACGGGCGCCGACCGCCGUGGCGACGCCGCCGGCCGGUCUCGGCACGCCGAAUGA